UUACAAUGCUGGCAGUACGCAUGCUCAAUCACUACGUUGCUUUCAGGAACUGCUUCAUAUAUUUUUUCUCAGCAGAGUUUGUGGUGUUUGGUUGGUCUUACUGUGCGCAUGCUUUGUACGGUAGCCGGUUAUGGCGGCGGUGUGUGAGUGUCCAUGAGGCCGACAGAAAGACCAUUCACACGGACUGAGAAAGCAAAGAAAGACCGAGGCUAUGGCUGGAGUGUUUGAUAUUGAUUUGGACCAGCCCGACGACGCCGUCUCUGACGAGGAGAUUGAAGAGGGAGCUAAUUUCAGUGAAUACAUGGACCAUGGAACUGGCUAUGAAUUUGAUAUGGAGAACUGUGAGAAGUUUGAAAUCUCUGAGGACAUUGUCAACAAAGGAACCGAGAAAAUCCGACCGGAGUGUUUCGAGUUACUGCGUGUCUUAGGAAAAGGUGGCUAUGGAAAGGUUUUCCAAGUAAGGAAAGUGACAGGGGCCACCUCUGGAAAGAUAUUCGCCAUGAAGGUUCUCAAGAAGGCAAUGAUUGUCCGCAAUGCCAAGGACACAGCUCACACUAAAGCAGAGAGGAACAUCCUGGAGGAAGUGAAGCACCCUUUUAUUGUGGAUCUCAUUUAUGCUUUUCAGACUGGAGGCAAACUUUAUCUCAUCCUGGAAUAUCUAAGUGGUGGAGAACUGUUUAUGCAGUUGGAGAGAGAAGGAAUCUUCAUGGAAGACACAGCCUGCUUUUAUUUAGCAGAAAUCUCCAUGGCUCUGGGCCAUCUGCAUCAGAAAGGGAUCAUCUACCGGGAUUUAAAACCAGAAAACAUUAUGCUUAAUAACCAAGGUCAUGUAAAAUUGACAGAUUUUGGGCUCUGUAAGGAAUCUAUACAUGAUGGAACAGUGACCCACACUUUCUGUGGUACAAUAGAGUACAUGGCACCUGAAAUACUAAUGAGGAGUGGGCACAACCGGGCUGUUGACUGGUGGAGUUUAGGGGCCUUAAUGUACGACAUGCUGACAGGAGCACCGCCUUUCACUGGUGAAAACAGGAAGAAAACUAUUGACAAGAUCUUAAAGUGUAAACUAAAUCUCCCGCCUUACCUCACCCAAGAAGCCAGGGAUCUGCUAAAAAAGCUGCUAAAAAGAAAUGCUUCAUCUCGCCUUGGAGCUGGACCAGGAGAUGCCACAGAAAUUCAGACUCAUCCGUUCUUCAGACACAUUAACUGGGAAGAUCUGCUUGCUCGGAAAGUGGAGCCUCCUUUCAAACCGUUUUUGCAAUCUGCCGAUGACGUGAGUCAGUUUGAUUCAAAGUUUACAAGCCAGACUCCUGUAGACAGUCCAGAUGAUUCAACACUCAGUGAAAGUGCCAACCAAGUCUUCCUUGGGUUUACAUAUGUAGCUCCAUCUGUGCUGGAAAAUAUAAAGGAAAAGUUUUCAUUUGAGCCGAAAAUCCGAUCACCAAGAAGAUUUAUAGGAAGCCCAAGAACACCAGUCAGUCCAGUGAAGUUUGCCCCGGGGGAUUGCUGGGCAAAGGGUCCUGCAGCAGGAGGAUGUCAAACCGUACAGUCCCCCACAGAAUACCCCAUGGAGGUGGCUGGACUGGAACAAAUGGACGUGACCUCGGGUGGCGAAGCCUCUGCCCCCCUGCCUAUCAGGCAGCCUGCAGGCACGAACUCUUUGCCUUUCAAAACGCAGGCCUAUCCCAUGAUGUCCAAGCGGCCAGAACAUCUGCGCAUGAAUCUAUGACCUUCAGCAGAGCCGAGAUAGAAGGACAGUGAAAAUAAAACGACAAACCCUCAAAAUGGCAUGUGAACUCUAGACGAGCCUGAAUGUGUGCGCUUUUUUUUCUCUCUGUCUUUCUCUCUGAGAACCCAGAUAAGUGGGGAUUUCAGUCCUCAGCAGAUUCCCAGAGACAUUUGUGUUUCACCCUCCCCUAGACAGAUUGACUGAGACACAGACUGGGCUAGGGUUGGGAGUCUUUCUCAUCAAUAAUGUAGCACAGACUGGAAACAAAAAUCUCUUAAACUGAAUUCACUUCACAUCUGCAGACUUCCUCUCAAUGACAUGCUGUCCAUGUCAGUAGAUUGUUCUAAUUAUAUUGCUGUCAAGUAAUUGCUUUCACUGAAUGCUUGAAAUUUUACAGUAUUACUUGGAGGAACAGCAUUGGAGUUCAAAAUAACAAAUUAUUAAUUGCAAGGAUUGUUACUGAAAAGGGAUGUGGUCGGUAUAUGAUGAAAUAAUGAAAUCUAUAUUAGUCACAAUAAAAAAAAAAGUUUACUUUUUUUUUUUUUUUUUUUUAAUCUUUUAAUUACAUGAUUUGAAUUGUAUUUUUUUUUCCUUUGUUUUUUCUAAGCUGGGUGGAACUGAAAGCUCCUAUACUAAUGUGGAUAAAGCAAGUUGUGUACACAGAAACCUGUUUAGACAAAUCAAACAUUGACUCCACAAGGUACCCUGUUACAUUGUUGGUUGUUACCUGAUCAGCAGGGAUUGGUAAGUACUGCACAGAUACAGUUUCCAUGGAUAUUGGUGAAAUGGUACCAUUUUUGGAAAACUAACAGUGUUGUGUGUGUGUGUGUGUGUGUAGUGUUUUUUUUUUUUCCCCCAGAAAUUGACAUUUAUUUUCAAAACCUAACCCAUUUUACAAAAUGGUUUAGCAUUCACAAUUGUUAUCCGAAGUUGAAGUUGUCCCCUCCAUUCAAUUUGUAUUUCAUCAACCUGGAAUAAAGUUAUUUCCAUUUCAAGAAAA